CGUGCCCCCCGUGCCCCCACCAUGGACCCCCGGCCCGGGCAGCCCCCGGAGCCGCUGCUGACGGUCAACGAGCAGGUGAUCGUCAUGUCGGGCCACGAGACCAUCCGGGUGCUGGAGGUGGGGGUGGACACCCCCCUCCCGGCCCAGGGGGACCCCAAAACCGCCGCGGAGGGGGCGGGCGGAGCCCCCGGACAGGGGGGCCCCUCAGGGGGGGAGGACGGUCCCCCCAGCACCCCAAACUCGGCCGGAGGGGAGGCAGCAGGUCAGCCCAAAGCGGCCCCGGCGUCGCCCCCCCCGGUGCCCCCCCCCGGGGCCGCCCCCCGUGACCCAGCUGGCCCUGCAGGCCCCCCCGCAGUGUUGCAGGUCAGGUGGCCGGGCCGGUGCCAGCCCAGCCCGCGCUGGUGGUGACAAUCCCCACAGCAACGCUGGCCGCGCUCCCGGGACUGACGGCGGCGGCGCCGCUGUUCAAACCGCCCGUC